AUGGCCAGACGUGUAUCUAAAAGUCCAAAACGAAAUCUCUCCCCAUCUCGAACUCAAGUAGACAUUCAAUUUGAAUCUGACGAAAAUGCUUAUUCAGAUCCGGUUGAUUCUUGUCGAUCAUUAGUACAAAAUGUUGUGUUUGAACGACGAGAUCGUGAAAGUUUAUCACCUCAAGCAACUGAACUAUUCAAUUCGGCAACUGCUUUUCAAGAUGAAGCCGAAGCUUCGUGGCUUCUUAACAAUAUUAAUAGUACAACAAUUUUGGUCAAAGUCGAUAAAGUUGUAUUCUCAAUAAAUGGCAAUUAUUUUCUAAAAGAAAAUCAACCAUGUGUUCUUUUUCUCCAUGGAUUUGGUCCAGGUAGAAAUUGGGCUAAUUGGAUAAAACUAGCGUAUCAAUUGAGUCAACAAUGUCAAUAUUCUAUCAUUUUGAUCGAUUUGCCUGGUUUUGGUCAAUCAAGUGGUCGUAGUUUAGAUCAAACAAGUUGGAAACGAUAUGGACCUGAAAUACUCAUUGCUGUUCUUUCAAGUUUUCAUCUUCGACAUCCAGCUAGUGUUGUUGCUCAGUGUGGUGGAGCAGCUACAACUGUUCGUACGAUUAAUCGAUAUCCUCUCUGGUUUCGAGGUCGUGGUCUUGUAUUUUCAAAUUCUGUUAUUGGCGAUUUUGGUGAAUCAAAAAUUGGGGACUUCGAAAAUAAUUUAACAAAAUAUAAUAUACACAUUGUUGUUUAUUGGAUUCCUGAUCAAGAUCAUACGAAAUAUUGUGUGGCAUACAAACGAUGGAAUAAAUUGCGUGUGACAGGUUUUCGUCAUUUAGAAUUGGUCGACCUUGAACCAGCUACACAAACGAUGAAACAAUUUUAUCCGCUUAUACGUGUCAUCGGUAUCAGUCGUUGUUCGUCGAAAAAUCAAGCAUAUGUUUAUAAACUAAGCGAUGAAUUUGUUAAACAAGUUAUUGAUAAAUUAGAUCGAAAAGCAUAA